AUGAGUGGGGGUGAAGACAUCUUAAACCAGAGGAGUGACUCUCUAGUUGUGGAAUUUCAGUCGUCAGCCAGCAGAUGCAGGAGUGUCUAUGAACCAGAUAGAAACGUGUUACGGAGGAAAGAACGAGAAAGAAGAAAUCAGGAAACUCAGCAGGAUGAUGGCGCGUUUAAUUCAAGUUACUCCCUCUUUAGUGAACCCUACAAGACUAACAAGGGGGAUGAGCUCUCCAGCCGGCUCCAGAACACUUUAGGCAAUUACGAUGAAAUGAAAGACUUUUUAACGGAUAGAUCAAAUCAGAGUCAUCUCGUUGGCGUUCCCAAACCUGGGGUUCCUCAGGCUCCCGUGAACAAGAUUGACGAGCAUUUUGUUGCAGAUUCGAGAGCCCAGCCCCAGCCUGCAUCCGCCUGCAGCACCACAUCCUCCGCCCCGGCAGCGGUCCCUGGGCAGCAGAGUAAGAGGGGCACCGUGGGCUGGCAGAAGGCCGGGCACCCACCGUCCGAUGGCCAGCAGAGAGCAACACAGCAGGGCUCUCUCAGGACCUUGCUCGGAGAUGGUGUUGGCAGACAGCAGCCGCGGACCAAACAGGUGUGCAACGUCGAGGUGGGUCUUCAGACCCAGGACAGGCCACCUGCUAUGGGAGCCAAGCUCAGCGGCAGUGGCCACUGUGUUCAGAACUUUCCUCCAUCCCUGGCUUCAAAGCCUAGCCUCGUCCAGCAGAAACCGACUGCCUACGUGCGGCCGAUGGAUGGCCAAGAUCAGGCUCCCAGUGAGUCUCCGAAGCUGAAGUCGUCCACAGAGACCGGCGUGCACUGUGCGUCAUACAGGGGAGCCUCAGCCACCAAGCCAGAGUCCGCCAGAGCCAAGGCCAAGCUUUCCAAGUUCAGCAUCCCCAAACAAGGAGAGGAGAGUAGAUCUGGAGAAACCAACAGCUGUGUUGAAGAAAUAAUUCGGAAACUAAGGAGCCUCCUAGGCAAGAUUUCCAGUUGUGAUGCUGGGAGAUCUUUGAGUGAGGAGAGAGUUGAGAUUACCAUCACAUGGGACGCACAUCGUCAUGGCCCCCUCACGUGUUCAGACCCUGGAUGGGGCAUCCUGGCGCCUGUAAGGGGUAUGCAGCAGCCUGCUGCUUGUUUCAGGGCCAUUUGGCUACACUUUGUAGGCUUUGUGAUGACUCUGGAGGUGUCCAGUUUGAAACAGAGAUCAACGGUCCCAUCCCUUCAAUCCCCGAACAAAUACAGGCGAGCUCAGUGCCAGUACUGUGGUGAGCCACAGGGAACGGCCAUGGACCUGUGGGAGGAAGGAGACGAGGAGACCAGGGGCCGGGGAAGGGGAAGCGCGCCCCGAGCAUCCGAGCAGAGGGGGCGCCUGGCGGCUCUGACCCAUGAAGCAGGUUUGGGGUUUGGGUUUUGUAAAGUAACCCUGGGGCCUGCUUCGGGAGUGCUGGACCUCUCCUCUGGGCAGCCCGGGGAGCCUCUGAAGGUGGCUGACUUCUCCCUGGCAGAGACCGGCUCUCCGGGGCAUUUUUGUGUCUGCAGAAAGGAAAGGAACAGAGUAGAAAGCCUGCCAGGUGCUGGAGGUGUUGAGCUAGCAUCCUUAGGAGUUAUAAUGAGGCAGUUUAAGAGAAUUGUAACGACGAGCCUUGUACUUAAAUCCGGGAGAGAAGCAUAG